UCCAACUUAGGCCACCUGCUUCUCCCUCUCUCUCUCUCUCUCUCCCUCCAUCCGCGGCUUAAUCAAAAUUCAUGCAAAAAUAUAAAACAUAAAAAAUAAAAAUAAAAAUCCAAACUUUUUUGUUUGAGAAAUAUAUUUGCUCUGUUUUUGCAAUAAUCCCAAAGCUCGUGGCUUUAACGGCAGAUUGAGUCGGUGUGUUGUUAAAGUACACAUUGAAGACAGUGCGCGUAGGCUUCCCUACUUUCAUGCUUCUGUUGUGCGCCUGCUUUUUUUUUCUCAUCUGGGUAAAGGCUCGAAAAGUUGAUUCAUUUGGUUUCUGUGCCUGUCAUGAUAUAAUCGUUUCUGCUUUUCCCACAGUGAUUAAUUCGUGUUUCUGCUUCUGGGUUUUGUUUCUUGUGAACUGGACGGCGUGUGAGGGGUAAUUUGGAUGUGGGUUUCGAUUGUUGGGGUGUAGUAUUUCAGAUUUUUCUCCUUAUUCCCAUAGUGAAUCAUACAUGCCUGUUCUGCUUCUGGGUUUGGCUUUUCUUUAUGAACUGUACGGCUUAUGAGGGAGAAUUUGGGUGUGGGUCUUGAUUUUGGGGUGUGUUGAGUUAGUGUUGGGAUGCAAAAUUUCAUAAUUUCUGCUUAUUCCCAGAGUGAUUUAUGCAUGCUUUUCUGCUUCUGUGUUUGGCUUUUUUUAUGAACUGUACGGUCUGUGAUGGAGAAUCUGGAUGAGGGUUUUGAUUGUGGGGUGUGUUGAGGAAUUGUGGGGCUGUUAAAUUUCAGAAUUUCUGGGUGUGCUGAGUUAUGAAAGAGCAGGGUGAUGGGAAAGUUGUGGUGGUGGCUGUGAAAGCAUUGAAGGAAAUUCCAAGGACUGCUCUGGUGUGGGCUUUGACUCAUGUUGUGCAGCCUGGUGAUUAUGUCAAGCUUUUGGCUGUCAUUCCUUCUCACUCAAGUAAAAGGAUAUGGGAUUUUGCAAGAUUUACCAACGAUUGCACCACGAGUCACCGGAGGUCUCUCUCAGGAACCAUGUUAGAUAACAAGGAUGACAUUGUGGACUCAUGCUCUCAGAUGAUGCUGCAACUCCGAGAUGUUUAUGAUCCAGAGAAAAUAAAGGUCCGGAUAAAGAUUGUCUCUGGCUCACCGUGUGGUGUUGUGGCUUCCGAAUCAAAGAAAGCUCAUUCAAACUGGGUUAUAUUGGACAAAAGAUUGAAAUGUGAAAAGAAACACUGCUUGGAGAACCUGCAAUGCAAUGUCGUGGUUAUGAAACGAUCUGGGCCAAGGGUUCUUCAGUUGAAUUUGGUUAAUUCUCCAAAGACGGUAUGUGAAGUGCCUCUUUGUUCAGAAUCUUAUUCAGAACGUACGAAUAGCCAGUUUGAAGAGUGGAAUAUGAUUAGAGGGCCGUGUGUGACUCCAACUAGUAGUUUUGACCGUGAGUCACCUCUGAGUGCUACGGAUAUUGGAACAUCAUCUGUAUCAAGCUCAGAUGUAGGGACUGAAUCGUGCUGGAAUUCUGGAAUUUUGGGGAGGUUAAAGCAAGAGUAUCAGAACGCGAAUGGUUCUGACAAUGAGGCAAACAAUGAAAACCGGAUUUCUUAUCACACAAGCUCAUAUUACCAGCCAUGGAUGACAACAGAGUACCUAAGUUCCGGUGGUGAAUUUUCAAGAUAUGUGGCAGAAGUUUCAGAGAGACAUUACGAUAAGGCUUUGAUUUCAACAUAUGGAACCUUGCUGGAUAAAUUAGCCAACUUAAAUCGAGAACCUGAUGUUGAAGUGUUGAAUUAUAGGCUUGAUUUGAACUUAAGCAGGAGUGUACGUGAAUCAAUCUCACGCAGAAGUGUACGUGAAGCAGUCUCGGUAUCCAGGCCCUUACCUCCCAACCCUCCUCCAUUGUGUUCGAUAUGUCAGCACAAGGCACCUGCAUUUGGAAAUCCACCUAAGUGGUUCACUUACGCCGAGCUGGAACUUGCUACAGGUGGAUUUUCAGAAGCAAAUUUCUUGGCUGAAGGUGGAUAUGGCUCCGUACACAAAGGCGUCUUACCACAUGGUCAGGUUGUUGCUGUCAAGCAACAUAAAUUGGCUAGUUCUCAAGGUGAUCAGGAAUUCUGCUCAGAAGUUGAGGUCUUAAGCUGUGCGCAGCAUCGUAAUGUCGUAAUGCUGAUCGGAUUCUGUGUGGAGAAUGGCAAAAGGUUGCUAGUUUACGAAUAUAUCUGCAAUGGAUCUUUGGAUUCUCAUCUAUAUGGGAAAGACAGAAGCCCGUUAAAAUGGUUUGCACGACAAAGAAUUGCAGUUGGAGCUGCUCGAGGGUUGCGAUACCUUCACGAAGAGUGUAGAGUGGGUUGCAUUGUCCACCGCGAUAUGAGGCCAAACAAUAUCCUUCUGACCCAUGAUUUUGAACCAUUGGUCGGAGAUUUUGGACUCGCACGGUGGCAACCAGAUGGAGACAUUGGGAUGCAAACAAGAAUACUUGGAAGAUUCGGUUACUUGGCUCCAGAAUAUGCUCAAAGUGGACAAAUCACAGAAAAAGCUGAUGUGUAUUCCUUCGGAGUAGUAUUAGUAGAGCUCGUUACAGGACGGAAAGCUAUGGACUUAAACCGCCCGAGAGGCCAACAGUCCCUCACUGAAUGGGCACGCCCCCUGCUAAAAAAGAACGCCACUUUUGAACUGUUAGACCCGCUGUUAAGGAACUGCUAUUCGAAGCAACAGGUUAGCAACAUGAUGGAAUGUGCUUCCUUGUGCAUCAGGCGAGACCCUCGUUCGAGGCCUCGGAUGUCUGAGGUGCUUCGGAUUUUGGAAAGCGAUGACAUUCCUGCGAAUUCGACGAAUCGUUCUUGCUUGAAGGAGGCCUUGUGAGGACAAUCUGCAGACAUCCCACCGGCUACCUAUAAAUUUUUGUGUCUAACAAAUAAUAAAUAGCAUAGUUAGUUCUUGUUGUAGUUAGUUGUAAGAGAGAUAGAUAUGCCUGUAAUCUACCUGUAAUCUAUGUUGAAUAUGUAGACAAACUGUAGACAAAUGGCAUCUUCAUGUUACUAAUUAUCAUCUCCUGAGUAAAUGUCCUUUUGUGCAAGAUUUUGAUA